GAUAACUUGGUGUCACAACCUGCACGGAACUUCAAUGCGUUGCCAAGCAUUGUGCACCUGCCCCCGGUGACCUGCCUCUGCCGCUACGCGAGCGAUACACCGACGCAAGUCUCUGUAUGCGUCCAGACACCGGAGAAGUCGUUACCCCGGGGUCUAACGGGACAUUUCGCCCCCAUGGGAAACCACAGGGUUGUACGACUACGCUCCGUUCAUUACGCGCUAAAGGCCAAGGAAAUUUGGUAUAACUUUGGGAGAUGUCAGAAAGUUCCUCAGGUGUGAACAUCAGCAGUGCCAGUUUUCCCAAAUCCCACUCCUCACAGUAUUCUGACCUCAGUGUCACACACACACCCCUCUCGGUGGACCAGAGUCCAGAUUCCGGAAUCGUCACAACCCCUCUGCCGUCCAGCCGGUUCAGGUUUGUGUCGUGGCAGCGGCUUGAGGAGAGUGAUGUCAGAGGAGACCAGCUCUCCUGUCCCAGGGUCAGAGAAGGGCCGUCAGAGGAAGACCUCUUUCUGAGAAAGGAUGACAUCCCUUUGGAAAGGGGGAGGAGGAAGAGGAGGGAGGAGGAAGGGCAGAGGUGGGAGGAGAGGCUUCAAGAGAACUGGGAGAACUGUGUGGAGCUGAACCUGUCCUAUCAGGACUUGGGAGAUCCGUUCCAGCAGGAAAACUUCAGUCGGAUCCUGAGGAGGCUGAUCCGAGUGGAGAGACUGCAGCUGAUCAAUAACUCUCUCACAGACCUGAGUUCUAUAUGCCUGCCAAGGUGCAGAAGCCUCAACCUGCAUCGUAAUCGCCUGACAUGUGUACGUCAGCUGCCAAAGCUCCCGGCCGUGGAGCACCUGUGUCUGUCUGAGAACAGCAUCUCCACACUGGGGGGACUGGGGGCUCUGGGAACCAGCCCACUCCACUCCCUCACACUCACACGUAACCCUGUCAACUACAUACAGGACUACCGUGCACGUGUGUUCUCCUGUUUGCCAAAACUAAGAGUUCUGGAUGGAAUCCCCAAGCUGCCAGAAGAUUCCAUGCCUCCUGGACUCCAACUCCCAGCAGCCACCAGGAUGUGUAACAUUCUCUGACAUCAAACUGAGGGGCUUU